AUGGACCUCGACAGCCCCACGUCUCCGAAUAACCCUCCCAACAUCGAAGAGGAAGCAUACGAAAUCGCCCCCCGCGCCCCAGUACCCGGCCAACCAUACCGGACUCAAGAUCUGCAUCCGAGAUUCGUCUAUGCAGAAGAGCUAAAUGAGCCAACUGAGUCGCGAGAACGCCGGCACGCAGCCCUAGGCGUCCUAGACGAUCUGGAAAUGCUCAUGUUCCACGCCGUCUCUAACAACGAGUCCAUUCCCCAAACAAGACAACGCUUCAUACACUCCCUGGCUCGCAGACCAGCUGAUAAGCCGCCUCUGCGGAAAUAUGUCGUGCAUGACCUCCGCGCAGGACGGCUGCUGCAGGCACAUAAGUCGGAUGCGGUGGGCGCUAGUCUAACGGGUGUGAGCAUACCCAAGUCCAUGCCGGGACGGAGGUGGAUGGAUGACGGGCGCUCGUUGGGGGGUACGUCUGAGGCGACGGUUCGAACGGAUACGCCUAUCGUUGAUAUCGUGGAGGUCAAUGGGGGGUGGAGGAAUGAGGAAAUCCCGUCUGGAGGCACGGUUCCUGGAACGGGGAUGGGAGUGGGAGGGAAUGUUGCUGGUUCAAGUUCUAGUUCUACAAGAAAGGGGAAGGGAAGAGUAUGA